AUCUGAGGGCAGACCUGCAGCUGGAUUGGCUCAAAGGUAUCAGGGGUGGAGUUAAGAGAGUUCUCUUCCUGGAUACCCAGCAGCCUCAGCGCAUGGGACUCCUGAGGCUCGGUCGCAGCCGCCCACGCGCGUGUCUGGGCUACAUCUUCUACCUGAAGGAGGACGAUGAGUUCAGGGACAAACUGACUCCCAUCUCACUGGCCCUAAACUACAGCCUGACUCCGCCUACUUUUGACCAAACACUCCCACCUGUUCUCAACCAGUACAGCAGCACCUUCCUGCAGGAGCAGGCUUACAUCCUCCUGGACUGCGGCGACGACAACGUCUGCAUCCCUGACCUCCAGCUCUCUGCCAGCAUGGAUCGCACCGAGCUGGUGAUUGGAGAUGACAACCUGGUCAUGCUGACCAUCACUGCGGUAAACCGAGGAGAGGGGGCCUACGAGACGGAGCUGCACACGCUGAUUCCACCGGAGGCGGACUACAUCGGAGUGGAGCGCAGGCUGGAGUCCCUCUUGCAGCUAAACUGCGAGUACAAGACGAUCAACGAGAGCAGGAUGGUGGUCUGUGACCUCGGGAACCCGAUGGUGGCGAGGACGGAGCUGGCUGUUGGUCUGAGGUUUUCGGUACAAAGGUUGGAGGAUGCCGGACCAAAGAUCAGCUUUGAGCUACAGAUCCACAGCUCCAACAAAGACAACUCCAGCAGUAACCUGGUCACCAUGAACAUGUCCAUCACCGCCAGCGCACAGCUCGAUCUGCGGGGGGUGUCUCAUCCCUCUCAGGUGGUGCUGCCGUUUCCAAACUGGCAACCUAAAGAGAAGCCAGUGAAAGAGGACGACGUUGGACCACAAGUAACACACAUCUAUGAGCUUCAUAACUUCGGUCCCAGCAGUAUCGGUGAGGCUGAGCUUCAGGUGGGCUGGCCCUCCCGAUACCAUGACGAGAACCUGCUGUAUGCCAUGGAGAUUGAAACCGACGGCCCAAUUAGCUGCCGGACAAACACCAGCCUGAACCCACAUGGCCUCCAGACCUCCACUCUGCAGGACACCCCAGAGCUGCUGGGCUUCCUGAGGAACCGCAGCGAUCCUCCUCCUCUUCACCGGAGCAGACGAUCCGUCAGCACUGCUGAGAGCUUCAGCACUAAGACGCUGAACUGCUCCAACCUCUCCUGCCUGAAGAUCAUGUGCACGGUUGGCCGGCUGGAUCGAGGCCGGAGCGCUGUGAUUAAGAUCCGGUCCAGGCUGUGGGCUCACACCGUCCUACAGUGGCGCAACGAUCCGUACAGCCUCAACUCUACCGUGUCCUUCCUGGUCCUGUCAGUGCCCUACCUCGUCCAACCCCCCACCUCAUCGCAGCUCCGGGCCUCAAUGGGGACUCUGGUGCUGUGGGGGACUCCUGACGUGUCUUUUGCUGUUCCUCUUUGGGUCAUCAUCCUGGCCAUCCUGCUGGGCCUGCUGGUUCUGGCCAUACUCACGUUAGCCAUGUGGAAGUGCGGGUUCUUCGACCGGGCGCGGCCUCCAGCAGACGACGACGUCUCAGACCAGGAGAAGCUAACGUCUGAUCAGACGGGAGACGCCUGACACGACCGCUCCCGGCUGGACGUUUGUGGUUUUGGGAGGGACGUGCACCUUCUGAAUAACAUGAAUCAGAUCUGAGAUCUGUAUUAUUUUCCCUGGUUGGAAGACUUCUGGCCCCCGUCUGUUUAUACAAGUGACUGCAGCUCCACACACACACACACACACACACACACACACACACACACACACACACACACACACACACACACAUACACACACACACAUACACACACACACACACAUACACACACACACACACACACACACACACACACACACUCACACACACACACACACACACACACACACACACACUCACACACUCACACACACACACACACACACACACACACACACACACACACACACACACACACACAUACACACACACACAUACACACACACACACACACACACAUACACACACACACAUACACACACACACACACAU